UUGAAGGCAGCAGAAGGACCAAGCUCAAGUGGAAUAACACUCGCUGAAGCUGAGCAGAAACGCGGUGGACAAGUUAGCCGAAUAAUAGAACUUUAGUUACUCACAGCGCUGUGCUGAGGUGUUAUUACUCAUUACUGGUGUUGAUUAAGUACUUUCAGUGCAGAAUUAUCGCCUUAUUGCCGAAGUCGACACUGAGUUCUGCUUUUUGUCGGAUGGAAGUUAGUAAGACAGGUCCGUUUUAAAGACAUUUCGAUAGUUGUUCAAUGUCAACAAUAAAGUGUUCUGGGGAACUGGACUUCAGACUGCUGUUUGAGGAAGACGGUAAACAAUCAACAGAUCUGGAUGUGAAGACAACUCCCCCCACCACACGUGCUCUUGCCGAACAGCUCUUUAGUCAGGAGCUGCAGAGCCACACUCCAUGUUUACCUGGCACAGUUGACUAUGAACAUGCAGACUACCUAUCUCAGGGACCCUAUAGAGGCCCCCAUGGGAGCUUCAGGGCCUUUGACUGCCCCAGCAUUGAAAUCACCUCCAUUGCUCAUAACAGUCAGGUCGAGCCUGACAACGAGGAGGUUUUGCCAGUGUGUGGUGCGGAGGGGGGUUACCCUGAGACAUCGUGGACCAGAGAUCAACUCUACCUGCCUCUGGAUGCCUGCUAUCGUGAAACUGCACUCAGCCUAAGUCCCUGUAGCAGUCUGUCCUCUAGGAGCUGGAUGUCUGACCUGUCUUCUUGUGAGUCAUUCUCCCAUGGUUAUGGUGAUGUGGAGGAAGAGCUACAAGACCCUGCCCUCCUUGCUCUGGGGUCACCCGGAUGCGGGGGUGGGGUGUUUGGGGUGGAGCUGUGGCAGCAGAAGUACCAGCAUCCGGCAGCUUUCAAUCCAGUUUUGUCCCCCUAUCAGUCACCCCGGCAGUCACCUUAUCACACCCCACGCACCAGUGUCACAGAGGAGAACUGGCUGAGCCACCGGCCCACCUCCAGGCAAUCAUCCAGACCAACAUCCCCUUGUGGGAAGAGACGCUAUUCCAGUGCUGAGCCCCAUGCUUGCUCACCCUCACCUCAUCACUCAGCCAGCCCCACUCCAGGCACCUCUCCACGGGGCAGCGUGACUGAUGACACAUGGGUGGGUAACCCUUCCGCUGCCCUUGGAUCCCUCCUCAUUUCUGGAUGCCAGGAGCUUGAUGUUCCUUCCAAAACCAGGAAGACAUCCAGUACCCAACUUGGGUUUUUGAUCUGUCAGGGAGAGCCUGGUCAGGAGACUGACCAGGAUUCUCUUGGGGAGGAUGGACAGGAAAAAGACCUUGCCAAGCUCUUCCUUCAAGUGCCUUACCACUAUAGCUGGAAAAAACCCAAACCUGAAAACGUGCCAUUGUUCAGGGCUUUAUCGUCACCUCCCUUGGAUUGGCCUCUGCCCAACCAGUAUGAUCAUAUUGAAUUAAAGCUGGAGGUCCAGCCAAGGUCCUACCACAGAGCGCAUUAUGAGACAGAGGGCAGCAGAGGAUCAAUCAAGGCAGCUGCUGGAGGACAUCCUGUCGUCAAAUUGAAUGGAUACAGUAAGCAGCCAGUCCGACUGCUGGUGUUCAUUGGCACUGCAGAUGACAAAUGCCUCCGCCCUCACCCAUUCUACCAGGUCCACAUGGUGACAGGAAAGACAGUUACCACUAUCUGCCAGGAGAAAAUGAUGUAUGGCACCAAAGUCUUGGAGGUCCCUUUGCUACCAGAAAGCGACAUGUCGGCAAGCAUUGACUGUGCUGGCAUCCUUAAGCUGCGGAAUGCCGACAUCGAGCUAAAGAAAGGCGAGACGAAUAUUGGCCGGAAGAACACAAGAGUCCAAUUUGUAUUUCGAGUCGCUUUGCCUCAGCAGGACGGCCAGAUGUUGUGGCUACAGACAGCAUCCAUUCCUGUGGAGUGUUCCCAGCGAUCAGGCCAGGAGCUUCCUCAGGUGGAGAGCUUCUCUCCAGCUUGCUGUUUUGUGGAUGGAGGAGAAGAGCUGCUCAUCACUGGAUCCAACAUGUCUGCUGAGUCUAGAGUUGUUUUCAUUGAAAAAGGGCCUGAUGGAAGAUUGCGUUGGGAAGUGGAUGCCAGAGUUCUGUCUAACAAAAGUAAUGACUUGAGGAUCGUGGUGGAGGUCCCCCCUUAUAUUAAGAGGACAACGUCUCCUCUCCAAGUCCAGUUCUAUGUCUCAAAUGGAAAGAGAAGAAGAAGCCUGAUGCAGAGCUUCACUUACCUGCCUGUAAUCAGAGGUCGCCAUGAUGCUGCUUCUGCAAAUAAACAGGAGCACUGGGGGUCUGAGCUCAUCUUCUGUCCAGAGCCUAGCCUGUCACCCUCCCAUGGUGCCAUGCUCAAGCCAGAUGUUGCUUAUGAGCCAUGCCACCUCCCACUCCAUGCCCCUUCUUCCCAAAUCUCCUCUCAUCUACAGGAUCCUCCUGCUUUCACUCCUUCCCUUCAAUCAUCAUUAUUGUUUCCUUAUGUGUCUUCAGUACCAUGUCAGACCAUGAGUCCACUUCCAAAUCAAGGUUUGAUGUCUGCUCAGAUAGGUACAAUUGAGGCACAGGUGUCUUCUCCCCCCAUUAAAAUUUCAAAUACCCCUUAUCAAGCCUCUGAUGGUGUUCUGCCUAGGAAACAAUCUGGCAAUCCCAAGAAUACUUUGAGAAGCUCUGUGGACUCUCACAUAGAGUUGCUGCACAACUCGGGAGAGGUGCCAAGUGUCGAGCAAGAGCCAGAGGAGCAGCCUAUUCUUGGACCCUUGGGAUUCCAGGAAAUCACACUGGAGGAUGUGAACGAGAUUAUCGAUAGAGACAUCAGUACAUUGAGCAGCUGUGUGCAGCCUGACCAGUGUGACAGAUUCAACCAGCACAACUAGGAGCACAAGUCCGGCACCCGCUGCGUGCCCUUCUGCAGAGACCCCCAGUAAUUUCUUCAUCAACUCAUGUUUGCACAAAGUGCUCACAACUGAUCUUCAAGUGCCUGAAAACCAAUCAAUGCCCUUUAAUGAGUCUGUAGUUUAUUUUACUUGGUGUUUUAUUCUUCAUGUUUUCUCAGGAACUUUAGACAAAAAACACUUGUACCUCACAGACACACCAAAGAUAUCAAUAUUUAUGACUGCAUUGGAGAAACUGUAAAAAGAAUAAAAUAACGUAUCUAACUUUAAUGCUAUCAGUGGUGUCAAAGAUAUUACAGUUGCACAAAAACACGAAAUUUCUGCCAUUUUGAAAGGGCAUUUUUGAAAAAGCUGUUUUUGGAUUUCCCCCAUCACAUUUUUAAAUGCAUUAUUUUAUACUUUCCCUUGCUGAAAAUGUUAAUGCUGUUCAGCCUGAAUUGCUGAGGUGUGACCUUUAAUAAACGAAAAUGUAUUGUAAGGUUGAAGUAAAAAUAAAGAAAACUUAUCUGAAUAAUUA